GAGGACAGCACCGGUGAGAGGCGGUGCUCUGGUCGGCCGCGGCUCUAUUUAGGGCCUAACAUGUAGGGAGUGGCGGCGCUCGAGACGGCCGGGACUGAUCUGUGGAGCAGCGAAGGGCCCACCUUGACCGAGAGACGUAACAGACACUGCGGGCAGUGUUUGAAGAUGGCGCUGAACAACGUGUCCCUGUCCGCCGGCGAUCAAAGGACCCGGCGGGCCUACCGCGCGUCCCUCGGCGCCCUCAGCUCGUCGGCCUUAGAGCGGGCGAUGGUCUCCGGAGACAGCUUCCUCGUCGCCAUGCCCGAGGCUGUUCUUCCAGGACCCGCUCCUCGGCAGGCCGUGCGGCCGAGCGUUCGCACCGAGAGCCGUCGGGCGAGUGGAGGCGGCCGGAGCCCGACCCGCUUUAUAAGGGACCCCGAUGGGCGGAACCGGAGCCGCCAGGCCAGAUUCUCUCCGUACCCGGCCCCCGGGGUAAAACUGGAUCUCCUGAGGAGCUUGCUGCAGCAGCGGCUGGUUGCCAUUGGAAGUGUGAUCGCAGCCCGCCUCUCGGCUUAACACCUCCCCGGCCCCUCGGUUCGCUCUUAAACAAGGCCUCUCUAACAUC